AUGGACCGCUUUACCAUCUUUUGUCAGCUCCUGUUUUUGUGUUUUAAUCCAACGGCAGCCACCAGCCUCAUUACAGCGGACGUAUUUGAAGCGAGAGGUCAGCGUGUGUGCAAGACGGGCAAAGGCAGGCCGUGUUACAAGCUGGCCUAUUUCUCUGACCUGCGCCGGAGGUUGAACUUUGGGGAAGCCGAGCUGGCGUGUCGCCGAGAUGGUGGGCAGCUGCUGAGCGUGGCGUCUGUGUCCGAGCAGAAGAUCAUUGAGCAGCUCAUCACGGAACUGCGUCCGACCGAUGGAGACUUCUGGAUCGGACUGAGGCGUAACCACGGAGAUGAGGACAGCAGCAGCAGCAGCGACUGUUCAGCGCAGUACCGCUGGCUGGAUGGCAGCAAGUCCACUUUUAGGAACUGGCACUGGGAUGAGCCAUCCUGUGGCUAUGAGGUGUGCGUGGUGAUGUAUCACCAGCCGUCUGCACCACCCGGGAUGGGAGGCCUCUACAUGUUCCAGUGGAAUGACGACAACUGCGAAACUAAACACAACUUUAUCUGCAAAUACACCGCAGAGAAGUCAGCUGACCCUUCUCCACCAAACUCCACACAUGCAGACGUCUUCCCUUCAUCUGUGCCGUGGAAUCCAAGUGACCACAAUGCAAAGAGGAGCACCGCUCUAAAUGUUAUCUACAUCAUCAUUCCCACCAUCCCGCUUAUACUGCUGCUACUGACGGUGACGGGGGUCUGCUGCUUCAAAAUGCUGGUCACGCGACGAAGGAAAGAACAGAAAUCGGAGGUACCCCAGCCAGAUCAGGGCCCCCGACCCAGCCCUACCCCGACCGAUGUAUACAACGUGAUCCGCUCCCAGAAGGACGAUGACUUGGUGUCGGCACGCCCGAAUACCAAGAACACGUCCUUUCUGUGCUCCUCUCCUGACACCCCCACGGGGGAUUACGACAACCUGGGUGGUCGCGACACUGAAAGCGGAUUUGUGACUCUCGCUAGCACUGAGAGCGGCUUCCUCAAUUUUGACCUCAGUGACCUCAGCUUGGGCCGCCGAGGUAGUCGUGACCUCUACAACAGUAGCUUGGGGAGACAAGCAAAAAGGGACUUGACUGACGGGAGUCUGGGUCGCCCCGGACAGUUUUACGAUAGGAGUCUCGGCCGCCGAACAACCAAGAGUGAGCAUUUUGGCAGCAGCAGACCCUAUGGGGAGCACGAGUUGUAUGAAGACAACGUGACAGCAAAGAGUGACCUCUAUGACCUCAAAGUGAAGCCUGGGAGUCACACGGUGAAGGCGGACUUGUAUCAGACGUACACCACCAAUGGCAAGAUGGAUUCUUACCAAAGCAUCCUGGGAAACUACGGAAGCCGAAAAUCCUACCAGGCCACUCUGGAUAGUUACAGAAGUGCUCUGAAUUUUGAUGGAGGAAGAAGAUACUUCAAUGAACAACACUGGCUGGACAGUGAAAAGUACUGA